AUGACUUUACAGACGCCAUUGUCGACCUCGUCCAUAAACGCUAAAUCUUCCUUAUUGAAAAUGAAUUCCUUGUCGAGAACUUCAUCCAGACAGCAAAAUAUAAAAAGUCCAUCCAAACGCAACAACUCAAGACCACCUCGGCCUAUUAGUAGUGGGUCCAAUUUCUUUCCAAUUACAAGAACCAACUCCAAUAUUUCAACAGCUUCAUUGGAGUCAUUGGAGUCAAAACAUUUAAGAUCAAGAUCCCAGUCACAAUCGCCUUUGAAACAAAAUGUAAAUAAUUCAACUUUAGUGUUAGAAACAAAUGUUAAGAAAUUCUCCCCCAGAUCAAAAUCUCCAUUAAAAACUUCAAAUCUUUUGAAUUAUAAUAGAAUUAAUAACAAUUAUAAUAGCAAGUACCAACAAGAUUAUUUCAAUGAUAAUAAUAAUAAUAAUAAUAAUUAG